AUGAUUGGCGCGGUAUCACGCAAUGCCUUUGUGGAGGUGGAGUCUUUCACGACGGUGGGGUUGUAUCAUACUUCGUUACUGCUCAUUGUGGUAGGGGUGGUCAUCUCCAUCAUCGCCUUCAUGGGCAGCAUCGGGGCGUGGACCGACAAUGACGUGCUUUUGGGAAUGCUGGAGCAGAAAAUUACCAUGAAAGCCAAAGAAAUGAUUUAUGAGUACAGCACGAAAAACAGAGCUGCCAUCAAUGAGGUUCAGCGUAAGUUCCACUGCUGUGGAGCAGUGAACUACACAGACUGGUUCCACAGCAAGGGGUGGCAGAAUACUAGCGAUGUUCCACACUCCUGCUACCGGGAGGACUUCAAGCCCUGUGAACACAGCUUCAACAUCAACAGCAUCUACCAGAGAGGCUGUGUACAGGCCAUUAAGGAGUACCUGAAGAAGCACAUGGCAGGGGCUGGGCUAACCUGCAUUGGCUUGGGCAUCAUGGAGACAAAUAAUGCAGUGAAAAGUCAAGUCAGUUUGGGUUCAGCAGGAGGAAAUAUGGCCUUCAGCCGAUUUCAGAGUGCAGCCUCAGGAUCAGAUUCAUUCUUUUCACCUUAUAAACAUCAGACCUGCGUGACAGGGGAUAAGGUUCGACCCCCUCAGGCUUUCACAUCUCCCCUCCCAUUUCCUGGUUUUUCACUGCCAGAGGAGCCCUCACUGCUCUAUACACCUUGGGCUGCUCGGGAAGAUCCAUAUCAAAUAGGCGAAUGUGUGAAGAACAGGAAUCUUGCAGAUGGAAAUGAAUGUGAAACUGAAGCUGAUCUCUAUGGAUUGGUGUCUAAUAUUCUGGAGGAGUCUGAUCAAACGGACGCGGACUUUGCAGGAGAGACAUUAUCAAGUUUGAAGUCUGUUUGGUCCCCUAAGUCAGUAAGAGAAGACAGCCAACAAUACUUUCUCUCUGAAUCAAAAAUGCAGUCAAAUUCAGCCUUUCUACAAAACGCAAUCUACCCUGACCCCUUUGGGAGAGGCCAGAGGCAGCCCCUGAACAAAGAGUCACAACAGAGGACUGAGUUUCACCAGAGCUUCAACGGCUUUGACGUCAAAGAUCAAUGGCUUUUCCCCUCAAGCAGCGCCGACACUGAAAUGUACUCUCCACAGACCGAGGAUGUGCAGAGGAUGCCGUGUCAGGAGAUGGCCCUCGUGGGAAGCCCCUUUGUGUCAAAAAACAGGCCUGAUAAAACAGAUUACGGAAAGGAUGACGUUUUCUGCGGCGCGAAUGCGCUUUCCGAUCACAUCGAAGGGGUCGCGCCCUCUUUCUGCUUACCCAACAGACUGAAUGAGCAGUUUUUCAGUCCCUUCUGUGGUCCCUCAAGCCACGGCCGAAUGAAGCCCCAGAGGCACAGGCAGUUUCCCGUGCAAGAGGGGAACGCAUUAGCUAGCAACGUGCAGGCGCUGUUGGCGGGCGAGCACGACUCUUUCAGCAGGGAGUGCCAGAACCGGCCGAUGGGACAGAGGGAUUACAGUGAGCACGUGUCCGAGCAGCAGAGCUUCGCAUACCCCCGGAUUUCAGCGCUUGACACGCAGGCGCUUCCAUUUAAAAAGGAGCUGGCAGGGGACUUUGGAGAGCCGAGGACGCCCGAGAGCAGGGUCAAGACUCAGUCACCAACAACCGAUUACUACUCCAAAGAAUUCUCAGGGCCGCAGCAUACCGAGCCUUAUCAGCCGCCAAAGGGCUUUUCAGCCUCUUUCAGUCCGCCGACACCUUACCAAAGCAAACAGAGGGAUAAUUAUGCCGUAUCCAAUCAGUGUGCCGCGCAUCACAGCCAGUUAAGCCAGUACCUCAAUCAAGUCAAGCAGUCUGGUGGAAACGGGGGCGUGUCCGGUCUCUCUAAAAUGCUCUCGCACUCUGUUGCAGAAUUUGUGCCCCAGCAUUUCCAUCAGAUGCAAAGAGGUGUGUCCUGCCUCACAGAUUACAGCCAGGGAGACAGUCCGAACCUCCACAGUAGUGCCGGGAGUCAGGCUGGGUUGAGCCCGGAAGGGUUAAGGAAGGGAAGUGACAACGGUGAAUUUGAAUUGCAGCCAGACAAGAGCCCUGCACAUACCAGCCUGGUCGGUGAGGGACGGUCCCCUCAGCACUUUGAGGGGAAAAUCAAACCUCAGACAGGCGUUCAGAGAGAAGGGGACAAGAGUCAAGGGUUUCUGCCGAAUGCCUACCUUGAUUUCCUGGGAAGGGUGUAUAACUCACAUAAGCACACUGGCAGAGGCUUCAGUGCAAACAACUCUGGGAAGAAGCAGCCAUCAGCUUUGUUUCCUUACAUGUACUCAGUGGGUGAUCCCAGGCAGAACCCAUACCACCUGCAGUUAAACUGCGGAGGCUUUCCAUCCAGGUCCACCUUUCCGUAUGGUAAUUCUGUCACGUUUAUGGACCUGUGCAACCUGCUGCCAGACAGCGAGUUCAGUCCCUUUAACCCCUACCAUCAUGAUGUAAGUGCUGAGGGUCCAUUCCCUGGCGCGGCGCCUACCCUGAGGUCCCCAAGGCUGGUGAAGACCCGCUGUGCCCCCACCAGUCAGCUCCACUACCAUCUCGAGGAGUGUUAUGAACAGUGGAGGGCGCUGGAAAAAGAGAGGAAGAAGACAGAAGCCAUGCUUGCCAGGGUUUAUCCUGGGAAACGGGUUUCAGUUGUGAGCAGCAGUGCCCUCCCAAAAGUACCACCGAAUCCAUCCCGAGUUGACCGUCUCAUUGUAGAUCAGUUGCGUGAGCAAGCCAGGGUUGUGAGUCUUCUAGGCAAAAUGGAGCAUUUGAGCAGCUUCCCUCUCCAUACUAAUAUCUACUCUGCGCUGGACAGACAUCUUGAGGUUAUUUACAUGACGCAGACGCGACGGAAUGAAGAAUUUGUCAACUCUUCAAACCGGCAGAGACAAGGAACACCGUAUUUUGGAGAGGACCGAGACAUCCUGCUGCUGGCUGCGGCGCUGAAGGACAUGUGCGACUCCACGCGGAAGUGCCGCACAGCGCUGUGGUGCGCUCUGCAGAUGACUCUGCCCCAGAGUCCCACCAGCAAGACAGAGGAGCAGGGGGACUCGGAGGAUGCUCCAAAGGGACAUGCUCUCUUCUAG